CAUCAACUUAAUUGUACACAACGCCUGAGCCAAUUAGCGACCGUGCUUGUAUUGUAUACAAUGGUACUAUCCAAAAUCAAGAACUUUAUGCAAUCUAAAGUGACUUUAUGAAUACUACAAUAAGGAAAAAUUGAGCCUCAACUAUAUAGUAUAUCGGUAUAAUAAAAAAAUGGCGUUGUAAAUAGAGAUAGAAAGAGUCCAUAUUAUUAAUAUGUAACGGCAAUUAUAGUCAAAUUAUUGGCCCCCCAAUAUCCAUCAAAUACCAAACAUAAGGCAGAAUAAAACUCAAUAUAAAGAGACCCAACACAGCAACACUAAUCCUGUUCAGGGGAAAAAAAUGGCUGAACCAUUCAACUUUCUUGCUGAAAAAAGAUAUGCAGUGGUAACAGGAGCAAACAAAGGAAUAGGGCUAGAAAUAUGCAAACAGCUUGCUUCCCAAGGAGUUGUUGUACUUCUAACAUCAAGAGAUGGAAAGAAAGGUUUGGAAGCCCUUAAUGAUCUCAUUAAAUCCGGAAUUAGCGCCGAUAAUCUUCUUUUUCAUCAGCUUGAUGUUACUGAUGCCAUGAGUAUUGCUACUCUUACUGGUUUCAUCAACUCCAAAUUUGGCAAGCUUGAUAUACUGGUGAACAAUGCUGGGACUAGUGGAUUUAAGGCUGACUUUGAUGCUUUAAAAGCAGCAGGUUUUGGAACAGUAAGUAUUCUCUGUGAUAGUUCAUUCAAAGAGAAGGGCUGGCCUUCUUUUAUGACAGCCUAUAUACUGUCAAAGGCAGCUUUGAAUGCAUAUACACAAUUAUUGGCCAAGAAAUACCCGUCAAUCAUCAUCAACUGCGUUUUCCCUGGCUAUGUUAGUACAGAUAUCAAUGGAAACACGGGAUAUUUAACAGUUGAAGAAGGGGGCGCGAGUCCAGUGAGAUUAGCAUUGCUUCCCCAUGGUUCACCUUCUGGUCUUUUCUUUUUAAGAAAUGAAGUUUCUUCAUAUGAAUAAAAGGAAUUACAUAUUCAUAACUGAUUUCUGAUGAAAUGGUUGUUAGUUUGUUACCACUGGAAUUCUACAAAAAUGAAUGUAAACCAUAACAAAUGUAUGCAUAUUUAAUAUUUUACA